AUGAUCCGUGCACUAUCGACGCAGUUAGUAAAAAUGUUUCGAGCUAAUAAACAGGUAUGUAAAUCAGUAAGUUUUGCUAUAGUUAGAAUGAUACGACAAGUAAUUGGAUCUCGUCUAACACGUUUAAUUCUGCAUGUCAAGUGUAAUAAAUGUUUCAAACCAUAUGAAAUACAUCAUCGUGGUGCCCGCGAUAACACUUUACCGUUGUGUGAAAAAUGUUCAAACCAUCCACAUCAAGAAGUGCACAGCCUCGAACAUAACCAGAUACCAUUAACACAACAAACAUCGAUAACAGCAACAACUCAACAACUAUCUGUGGCAGUUGAUGGAAAUCAAAUUUCUGAAAUGAAUUGUCUUCGAUGUGUAUCACUUAAAGCUGGCUUACAGAUUGAAAGUGAAAAAACAAAGUAUUGGGAAAAGAACGCAAAGCGGUCGGAUGAAAAUGCAAAAUAUUGGGAAAAAGAAGCAAAGCAUGAGAGGGAACGGGCGGAUGAGAGAGAGUGUGAUUUAUUGAAAUUGAUGGAUAAUCUACGGAAAGAAUUUGAUAAUCAACUUGCGGUUCUAAAGGCGAAGCAACAAUAA